AUGCCUGGGAGACCCUCCUCGCGCCUGCGCCAGGGUCUGGACAACGAAGUCUACCAGGCUGUGACUCAUUUGCUCCAGGAUCCCCUGAACCGACCUGAUGUCCGCAGUUUAUAUCAAGCCAUCCAGCGAUCAAAUUCUAGUCUGAAGCGCAAACCGAAGCGAUCACUCGAAGAUAGUCUCGAACGCAUUCUCGAUACCUUGGAAGACGACGCUGUUCAGGAAGACGAAGAGGCCGAAGCCGACAAACUCGUAGUAGAGGAACCAAACAUCAUGAACAAGAGCAUCACUGGUUCUUGGAAGAUUGCCACGCCCACCACAGCCCCUGGCACUCCUGCGGUAACCGGAACAGAGACAAAGAAGAGAGAGUCCAACGGAGAACCCAUGAAGAAACGCAUCAAGCGUGAAAAGAAUGAAGAAAUCGACCGCUCUCCACCCACUGGAAUCGCCCUCGAGGAUUUGGGUGGUGUCAACGAUGUCAAGCGCCAGCUCAUGAACCUCCUCACCUUGCCUUUACUGCGCCCACAGCGCUAUGCCGAUCUCAACGUCCCCCUUCCUCGCGGUAUCCUUCUCCACGGCCCUCCUGGAUGCGGUAAAUCCAUGCUGGCAAGAGCAAGUGCUGCAAAGCUGGGUGUUCCUUUUAUCGAAAUCGCCGGUCCAUCUGUCGUAUCUGGCAUGUCGGGAGAAUCUGAAAAACAAAUCCGCGAUCGCUUUGACGAAGCCCGCAAACACGCCCCUUGCUUGAUCUUUAUCGAUGAGAUUGAUGUUAUCGCUCCCAAACGCGAGAGCUCGCAAAGUCAGAUGGAGAAGCGAAUCGUCGCCCAGCUUCUCAUCAGCAUGGACAGCUUGGCUCUAGAUAACAAGGAGAACAACGGCAAGCCUGUCAUCGUGCUAGCUGCCACCAACAGACCGGACACCAUCGAUUCUGCCUUGAGACGAGGUGGUCGCUUCGACACAGAAAUCAACAUGGGUGUGCCCAAUGAGCCCAUGAGAGAGAAAAUCCUGCGCACACAAACAAGAAACACGCCUAUCUCUGGCGAUGUCGAUUUCCCAAGACUUGCAAAGAUGACCCCUGGUUUCGUGGGUGCCGAUCUGAGGGAUCUUGUAGGCAAGGCUGCUACAUGGGCUAUGGACCGUUACCAAGACGCCUUGAUCAAACAGGUAGAAGCAACGACAGACGGGAUGGAGCUCGAUGAUAACUCAGAACCAAAUGUUGAUGAACUCUGGGAUCGCCUGGUCGUCCGCGCAAGAAACACCGAGAUGGACGAGCCUGAGGGCUUUGAGCAAACAAUUAUUCCUAUGGAAGCGUUCCUGACUGUCUUGCCUACAAUCACACCCUCUUCCAAGCGUGAAGGCUUUGCAACGAUACCUGACACUACCUGGGAAGACAUCGGUGCACUCGCCAACGUUAGAGAAGAGCUUCAAACUGCAAUCGUGGAACCCAUCAAAUCGCCCGAUCUGUAUGCCGCUGUUGGUAUUUCUGCGCCUACUGGUGUCUUGCUCUGGGGUCCUCCUGGUUGUGGUAAGACAUUGCUUGCCAAAGCAGUCGCAGCCGAAUCAAAGGCCAAUUUCAUCAGUGUCAAGGGUCCGGAACUCCUCAACAAGUAUGUUGGAGAGUCAGAACGUGCAGUGCGUACGCUGUUCAACCGCGCUCGCUCGUCCGCGCCUUGUGUCAUCUUCUUCGAUGAGCUUGAUGCGCUUGUGCCUCGUCGUGACGACUCGUUGUCCGAAGCAUCUGCACGUGUCGUCAAUACCCUGCUCACUGAGCUCGAUGGUCUGUCUCAUCGCGCUGGUAUCUAUGUCAUUGCUGCAACCAACAGACCUGACAUCAUCGAUGAGGCCAUGAUGCGCCCUGGUCGCCUCGAAACCAAGAUUUACGUCGGUCUGCCAGGCACGGACGAGCGUGUUGAAAUCCUCAGGGCCCUCAUUCAAUCCAGAGCUAAGGACGGCAGAGCUGGCGUAUGGCCUGCAGGCAUCGAGGAAAUCGCUCGGGACGAGAAGUGCAAUGGCUAUUCUGGUGCUGACUUGGAAUCACUUCUACGACAAGCCGGUCAGCACUGUCUGAAACGCAAAGACAGCAAGGUCGCUCAAGAAGAUUUCGAGUACGCCAUCAGUGUCGUACACAAGAGUGUUGGAAGUAUUGAAAAGUAUGAGAGGCUGAAGAAGAAAUUCGCAAGCGGCUUCUAA